AUGAAAAACUUAUCAGUUCAAUUAUUAUCUAGUGGUAAUAAAACUGAUGAAUUUCUACCAGGAUAUUGCUGUCAAUGUGAAGAAUAUGCAUGCGAAGUGGAAAACAGCCCUACUGAUGCCUUUUCUAAUUUAUAUCAAAAUAUUUACAAAACUUCAACAAGGAUUUCUGGAGCAAAGAAAAAUGUUAAAUUAUUUGUUUAUGAUUUAGGCAUUUCAAAUAAUAAUGAAUUUUGUGGAGUUGGGAAUGGUUAUAUAUCUUGUUUUAACCAUGCUUUUGAAAGCAAAUGGUGUACAUUUAUUCAAAAAAUAAUUGAUGACAAUUUUGUAGUUGAGAUAUGGUUUGAAAAUUCAUUGCUUAAGAAAAUCGAUGCUUGGAAAGAAAUAAGAAUUUUAACAAAAUUAGAAGGAAAAAAAAUUGCUGGUUUAGAUAGUGAUGCAACAAAUAAAAUUUUGCAAGAUCCCUAG